AGAAAUUUCCCAACUCUUUAAGGUUUUUUCCCGUCAACUUUUAUUUAUUAAUCCUACACAGAAACAAAAAUGGAUUCACGAGAUAGUGGACUACGUUUCUUUGUUGUUUUUUGUGCAGCCAUCGCAGCUCUUGGUGCAUUCAAUAACGGUGUCAACACUUCAGCAUUAAACAUCCCUGGUUCAGUUCUCACUCACUGUCCUGGUGUUCCUUUCGGUACUGUUACAUACUAUCCUCAUUCACCUUUACCUCAAUGUAUUCCUAUGACAGAUUGGAUCAACGGUGCCGCCACUGGUAUGUUUGCUGUCGGUGGUCUUUUAGGUGCUUUGGCCUCUGGCUGGUUGUCUCAAAAGUUUGGUCGUCGUGACUCUAUGCUUCUCAUUAAUAUUACUUUCUUCGUCGGCGCUAUUUUGCUCUCUACUUCUACUGAGCCUGGUCAAUUUGCCGUGGGUCGUUUGUUCACUGGUAUUGGCAGUGGUUUCAUGACAGUCGUUAUUUCUACUUACAUCUCUGAAAUCUCUCCAUCAAAGUACCGUGGUGCUCUUGGUUCCAUGCUUCAACUUUUCUUGACCAUCGGUAUUCUCAUUAUUGAAUUGAUUGGUCUCGGUCUCAGUUCUGCCGUCGGCUGGCGUAUCGUCGUUGUCAUUACUGUCGUGCCUUCUAUCAUCCAGAUGAUCUGUUUGCCCAUGUGCGCCAGAUCUCCUCGUUGGUUGAUCUCCCGUAACCGUAUUGAUGAAGCUCGUGUCCAAUUGAUGCGUCUUCGCAAGGGUGAUGUUCAAGAAGAAUUCUCUGAAAUGCUUUUGUCUCUUACUGGAGGUGACGAUUCUGUUGGAAAGGCUCCUAACAACGAAUAUGGUGACAAGGACAGUUUUGAUAAUGUCGGUGCUGUUGAAAAAUCUAAUGGCGCUGGUAAUAGUGAAGAAGCUCUUUCUGUCAUUGAAAUUUUCCGUAGCCGUCCUUUGGCCAUCAUCACUUUGAAAAUGCUUGUCGUUCACGCUUCUUCCCAAUUGACCGGUAUCAACGCUGUCAUGUACUACUCUACCAGUAUCUUUGAAAACUCUUUCGGUGACGUUGCCAAAUACGUUACUAUCGGUGUUGGUGGUCUUAACGUCGUCUUGACUAUCAUUGCUCUCGGUUUAGUCGAUCGUUUGGGUCGUAAAAUCUUGAUGGUCAUCUCCGGUUACGGUAUGACUAUCUUUUCUGUUCUUAUGAUGGUCGGGUUAAGAUUCAAUAUCUCAGCUCUUCAAGUUGUUUCUAUUUAUCUCUUUGUGGCCUCCUAUGCCAUUGGUCUUGGUGUCAUUCCUUUCAUUAUCAAUUCCGAAGUCUACCCUACCUAUGCUAUUAACGCUUCUGCCUCCAUGGCUUUGGCCGUUAACUGGCUCUGUAACUUUAUUAUCGGUCUCAUUUUCCCCGCUCUUCAAUCCGCCCUCGGUCCUUACGUUUUCUUGAUUUUCACCGGUAUUUCUGCCAUCGUCACCACUUUCAUUCUCAUCUUCGUUCCUGAAACCAAGCAAAAGUCUAUUGAACAAAUUGGUCGUGAAGUUGGCUGGGCCGAUGUCGACCCCGCUACCCUCCGUCGCCGCAAGUAAAGUGUCUUUAUGUCACUUUUUGCUUCUUUUUUAAUCCUUCCAUUGUAUAUUAGAUUUUGUUAUAUUAACCAUCUGUUUCUGGGAAACAUAUCCAUUCCCCUUCUGCCAUUUACCACCUAUGUAUUAUUAUCAUUAUAUCAUUUUUGCAUUUUGCAUAUGUAAAUUUAUUCUGUUGCUUUUUGAUUAAGUUAUUGUAUAUUAUUUUUCUUUUUUUUCCCAAUAAUAAAUAGAUAUAUAGACUUUUUUUUUUAUG